AUGGAGGAAAGAAUCGAAGAAGACGAUACAGACGCAUUGGCUGCACUUGCAGUUACGCCACCGCACCGGAAAGCCCACUCUUACAGCCGGCAACUCCGCACUAACACCGGGACACACGUCAAGCGCCACCACCAACUCCGCAAGCACAGCCUCGACGAGGGCCGAGUUCCCCAGAGUAUGGUCGACCGCUACUACGAUAACUCCUCUGACGAUGACUUUUACCCCUCAGCCACCGUCGUAGGUGUCAGUGAUCGCCACGAUUACCACCUCAGCCAGAGGCUCGACCAGGGCCUAUCUACGGCGGACGGUUCCGACGAACACCAACAAUCGUUGCCGGAGUUCGUCGGGAACGGUGGCGGAGUCGGAAUCUUCAAGGUUCCUUCUCGUUCCGCGGUCCACCCCGGCCGCCCGGCUUGUCUGGAGCUGAGACCACAUCCUCUUAGGGAGACUCAGGUGGGGAAGUUCUUGAGGACAAUUGCUUGUACGGAGACACAAUUAUGGGCGGGACAAGAAUCUGGGGUUAGGGUUUGGUAUUUUUCGGAUGCAUAUGAGCCCGGGAUCGGGGUUGGGGGCAGGGCUCGGAGAGGGGAUGAGGAUGCGGCGCCAUUUCAUGAAUCUGGGAAUACUUCGUCCACAAUUUGUUUGAUGGUUGAUUGUGGGAGUAAGUUGGUUUGGAGUGGGCAUAAGGAUGGUAAGAUUAAGUCUUGGAGGGUGGAUCAACCUUCGGAUGAUACUCCUUUCAAAGAAGGUCUUUCUUGGCAGGCUCAUCGUGGUCCAGUUCUUUCCAUGGUGAUUUCUUCUUAUGGUGAUUUGUGGUCAGGGUCUGAGGGUGGUAUUAUUAAGGUCUGGCCAUGGGAAGCCGUUGAAAAAUCUCUGUCUCUAUCACCAGAGGAAAAACACAUGGCUGCUUUACUAGUGGAGAGAUCAUUUAUUGACAUCAGAAGUCAAGUCACUGUUAACGGUGUUUGUAAUAUAUCUUCCACAGAUGUGAAGAGUUUGUUAUCCGAUAAUAUUAGAGCUAAAGUUUGGGCAGCUGGGUCUUUGUCAUUCUCACUGUGGGAUGCUCGUACAAGAGAACUUUUAAAAGUAUAUAAUGUAGAUGGUCAGAUUGAGAAUAGAGUCGAUAUGUCAACAGUGCAAGACCAAGUAGUUGAAGAUGAGAUGAAUGUAAAGUUUGUCUCCAAAUCAAAAAAGGAGAAAUCCCAAGGAAGUAGCUUUCUGCAGCGAUCACGUAAUGCUAUAAUGGGAGCUGCAGAUGCCGUUCGCAGAGUUGCAACUAAGGGUGCAGGUGCAUUUGUAGAAGAUACUAAAAAAACAGAAGCACUGGUUCUUACUGCAGAUGGAAUGGUAUGGAGUGGUUGUUCAAAUGGUUUACUUGUGCAGUGGGAUGGAAAUGGCAACCGUUUGCAAGAUUUUCAUCACUAUCCAUGUGCUGUUCUAUGCUUUUGCUCUUUUGGGUCACGAAUAUGGGUUGGCUAUGUAAGUGGCAUGAUCCAAGUGAUAGAUCUAGAUGGAAACCUGAUUGCUGAUUGGGUUGCCCACAAUAGCCCUGUUAUAAAACUGGUCGUCGGGAAUGGUUAUAUUUUUAGUUUGGCUACUCAUGGUGGUAUACGUGGAUGGAGCAUCACAUCUCCUGGGCCAAUUGACGACAUCUUACGACCAGAGUUAGCUGAGAAAGAAUAUAUGUACAUGAGACGAGAAAAUGUUAAAAUUUUAAUCGGCACAUGGAAUGUUGGUCAAGGGAAACCAUCUCAGGAUGCGCUUAUGUCAUGGCUGGGUUCUGCAGUAUCCGAUGUUGCCAUUAUUGUUGUUGGGCUGCAAGAAGUGGAAAUGGGUGCUGGUUUCCUUGCGGUUUCUGCUGCAAAAGAAACUGUAGGACUUGAAGGGAGUUCUAUUGGUCAAUGGUGGCAAGACACUAUAGGCAAGACUUUAGAUGAGGGAACAACUUUUGAACGUGUAGGAUCUAGGCAACUGGCAGGCUUGCUCAUUGCGAUUUGGGUAAGAAAGACUGUUAGAACAUUUGUUGGGGACCUUGAUGUUGCAGCGGUGGCUUGUGGUUUAGGUCGUGCAAUUGGUAACAAGGUAUGCAGGUCUUUUGUCACAUAGCUCAUUUUUCAUGCAUGAAUGGUUCAGAAUUUAGUACCUUUGAGGCUGGUAAAAAUGAAUAAGUAGGCUGGGAAUUUCUUAGUUCAGUUUCAGUCAACUCUUUCCUUUCAAUGUCUAAUAUGGUUACAACAAGCUAGCACACUGCCAGGCUAUUCUUUACUGGCAGUUGUACAACACCAUCAAUUGCUAAUUUGAUAGGAAAGUUAAGUAGGAGUGAGACAUAUCUCUAUCUCUUUCUG